CUCCAUUUUGAUCGCCUCGCUUCUUCACCUCUCUCUCCUCUAUUUGUUUCUGAGAAACCCUAGCUUCUAGAGAGAGAAACUCUUCUCUUCCAUGGCGGAAGCAAAGAACAUCGCCGGUGUGUCAGCCGCAGAGGACGAGCAGUAUGGGUUCAAGCGGCAGGAGAUGUAUAGCAGCAACAUCGCCGGUUCCGUUACUUCAUACGGACGACAUAUUUUCCUCUACUACAAGAGUCCCGAUGCGUGGCUUUCACGCGUGGAGGAUGAAGGUCUCCCGCAGGUUCUUGCCUCGUCGCUCAAGGCUCGCAAAGCUGAAAUCGCUGUUGAGACGAAGCUGACGGUCUGUGGAGGAGGUGAAUCGGAUGGAGACGUGUUGAUUUUCCCGGAAAUGGUCAAAUACAAGGGACUUAAGGACUCAGAUGUGGAUGCUUUUGUUGAAGAUGUUCUUGUUAAUGGGAAACCAUGGGCUCACGGGAUCCAGGAGGCGUUAACCGGGUCCUUUGUAUUUGUGUGUGCUCAUGCUAGUCGGGACAAGAGAUGCGGUGUUUGUGGACCACCUCUUAUAGAGACGUUCAAGCAGGAGAUAGUGUCACGUGGACUUCUGGAUCAGAUCUCCGUUUCGCCUUGUUCCCACGUCGGUCAACACAAGUAUGCUGGCAAUUUGAUCAUCUUCUGUCCUGAUUCAGCUGGAAAUAUAUCUGGCAAUUGGUAUGGCUAUGUGACUCCUGAUGAUGUGCCUGAAUUGCUUGACCAGCAUAUUGCAAAAGGAGAAAUCAUACAAAGGAUUUGGAGGGGCCAGAUGGGACUAAUUGAAAACGAACCCGCAAAAGGGGAUGGCCAGAAACUACCAAACGGGAACGGCUUAGCAGAGAACAAAACACGAGAGAACGAUGGAUUCACGGGAGGUUGUUGCCAGGGUGCAAAUGGUGUGAUGUCAUGUUGCCGUGAAGAAAAGCCCGAACCAGUCGAGAAGAAAGGAAUGUCCAAGCUGCCAAGCUUGUUCCGGUCACUGGAGAAGGACCAGGUGUUUAAGGCAGCCACCGUGUUUGGAGCUGUCGCAACAGUAGCCGCCGUGGCUCACAGCUUUUACCGAAGGUCAGGGUAGAACUUGAACCCGUGUCUGCCCUUCAAUCUUUUUUCACUUACAAGUAAUAAUAAUUUUCCCUCGAGUUUUGGUUGUGGAUACAUAGUAUUAGUGUGCGGAUUGCCACAGGAAAAUAGGAAAAGAAUACAAUAAUCUUGACACCACUUAUCCGUUUUCCGUUUCGAUGUGGGGCAACAAACAUGCUAAAGGUCAUUGAUACGAGGUUGGGAAAAAACCCUAUGAUGUGUUUGUAUCUUGUCUGAACCAUUUUUUUUCUGUCGUUUUGCUUAAAUAUUUGUUUGUGUUAAUGUUCUGAUUGUUAUUGUC